AUGUCGAAAGGACACAAGCUGUCAGGGGCUGGCAGUAACCAGCCCCAACCGAGAACAUCCCCGUCUCCCUCUGGGUGUAUUUCAUCAGAUUCCCAAUCUGCUAUUUUGCGCCUCACUGUAGAAAAUGUUAAAAAGCUAGAAAAAGAGUAUUUGACUGCAAAAGGAGUCCUUGGUAACCAAUCUGUGGAGGAGUACGUUAAGCAGAGUAAUCUCUGUUUGCUGGAGAGAGAGAGGAGUGGGGAAGUCAGCGGAGAGCAUGUCCCAGAUAAAAAAGAUCUGGAAGGCGCCGUCUCCUUCCUUCCAAGAGAGCUGGAUAAAAAGUCCAGGGAAACUCACUUGGAAAAGGCUGAAGAAAUUUCACACAAAGGCAGCUUAUUGGCAGAAUUUCAGGCAGAUUCUCUAUCAACUCCGCAUGCUGGUUCUAAGUCAAAGGAAUCAAAAAAGUCUGUUGAUGGAUCUUCCGCCACUCACAGAAGAAGAUGUGAGGUUGAGGAUCUGGGGACCCAGACAGAAUGGAGUUAUUCAGACAAAUCCCUGGCAUCCAUUGAGAAUGCUAUAUCAGUAAUCAGAGAGGAGAAGAGGAGCAGAGAAGAUGUGGAUGGCAAGGACAGUCCUGAGCCCAUACCAAGUCAAGGUGUUGUGGUGCUCUUUACUAACGUAGGUGAAGAAAUUGAGACACAAGAGUCUGAAGAAGGAAGCGAAGAAAAUAACCAAACAAAAUCCAAAGACGAAGUUGUGAGAGCUGAAAGUGAUGCAGCAGGAGGAGAAGAAGACAGGAAGUCAGAUGAUGAAGCCCCAGGGCCUGAUUCAGAAGAGGCGAUUCGUGAUGACCUGAAAAUAACUACCCUGUUCCUAGAUGAGGAAAAUCACUUCGCUGAAGUACAUGAAAACUGUGAGUUUUGUAAGGCUGUUGCAAAGCCCAUCCCAACAGUAGAAGACCUGGACACAGAACCACUGGAAACUCUUUUGUGCUGCAGGACGUACAAGGACGUGUUUGAGUGUGUGAUCAAGGAGCUGAUGGAAAGCACCUCAUUUGAUGAAGAGAUUGACAUUGCUCCUCAUCCUCACCUUUCGCAAACAGUGCUAGAGAGUGAAACCAGAAAGAAACUUGAGCAACAGUUGCAAGAGAGAGGUUUUGAUAAAUACAGGGAACUGUAUGAGCGGUAUAUCAAGUUUGGUGCCUUGACCAAAAUUUCAUUUAAAUUCUCGCAACCCCAAGAAGAGGUCCCAGUUGUUGGUCCAGUGCUGCCUCAGACUCUUGAAGACCUGGGUACAGAGUUCAGAGCAGAGCACUUAAAGAAUUGUCAUGCUCGUGACCCUGUAAGAAGAUAUUAUCCUGAUGGGCAGAAAUUCUUUCUUCUUUUUCCAGAUGGGACAGGUCAGGUUUUUUAUCCAUCAGGUAACAUUGCCAUCCUGAUCGUGUAUGUCAAGGAAGUACAGUUUAUAUACGUCAUCCUAGAGGAUCACACAUACUCAGGGAUUCGAGCAUUCUUCACAAACCACGGCUAUGCCACAUGCUACCAUAGGAAUGGGCUCAUCUGGCUGAAUCUGGAUCGCCUCACUGGCUCCUACUUUGAUAAGAAAGGAAGAAGACAGAAGCACUGGAGUUGGCAUGACUUCAGCCAUCAUGUUCAUGCACCUCCUUGCCAGCCCAUCUGCAUGAAACUAAACAUUUAUAUCAGGAUUAAAAUUGUGGCUCAGGAGCAAAUUUACUUAUCGUUUACUAAACAACAAAACUGCAUCCAUUUCAACAUGGGGGCUAGGCUAAAGUUGAAAGACACAGCCACACUCCACUUACCUAAACCAACAGAAAGCCAACUGGGGCUACUCCUGCACUCCAAAAGCAUUCAGAUCAACAACCUCCUAGCCAAAAUGAAGAAAGUAUUACGAGACUUGCAGCGCACACCAUUAAACAAAAUUCAAGCAUUGCCUCUUGUUCUAGCACAGCUGCGUAAACUGCUGCAAUGGAGACGUAGAAAGACUCUUGCCCAGUAG